GCUGAACUACAGUCUAACAGAAAGGCGAUAGAAUUCGGAUCAGAAACAAGAAGAAGUAAAUAAUAAGCUCUCCAUAUAUUUAUAUAGUCAGUAUUCAGCUUGAUCUUGAAGUACCUCGACGAACCGCAACUUGGAGAAAGAAUUUUGGACUUGUUCUAAAUCUCGGAUUUUUUAAAUAAGUAUUUAAAAACAAUGGAGAAAGUUGUUUUGCUCGCGUUCCUUACAUUUGUAAGCAUUACUCUGGUCCAGAGUUACUGCCCCGCGGAGUGUAACUGCCCCGCCGAGCCACCCCAGUGUCCCCCGGGGGUAAGUGCAGUGCCGGACGGCUGCGGCUGCUGCAAAGUGUGCGCCCGGCAGCUGAACGAAGACUGCGGUCCGGCCCAGCCCUGUGACCACCACAAGGGACUGGAGUGCAACUUCGGGGCGGAUCAGAGGAGCUACCGGGGCAUCUGCCGAGCCAAGCUGGAGGGCCGCACCUGCGAGUACAACGGCAGGAUCUUCCAGAACGGGGAGAACUUCCAGCCCAACUGCAAGCACCAGUGCACCUGCAUCGACGGGGCGGUGGGCUGCGUGCCUCUGUGCCCCAGCGAGCUGCCCCUGACCUCUGCAUCCUGCCCCAACCCGCGCCUCGUCAAGGUCCCGGGACAGUGCUGCGAGACGUUCGUGUGCGACAAGGAGGUCAAGAGGCACCACGGCAACAAGGGUCCUAGCAACGCCUAUAACAACGAACUCUACGACUUCGGCAAGCAGCGCGGGUACAAACACCUGGCCGCUUGGAGGCCUCUGUUUGAAGGUCGCUCCCUGCAGAAGAAGUGCGUCCUCCAGACCACGGACUGGUCCCAGUGCUCCAGGACCUGUGGGAUGGGCGUGUCCACCCGCAUCACCAACGAUAACGGCCAGUGCAAGCUGAUGAAGGAGACACGCCUGUGCAACGUGCGGCCCUGCUACCAGAGCCACAUCGCCAAACUCAAGAAAGGGAAGAAGUGCACUCGCACCCGUAAAGCCAAGGAGCCGCUGCACCUGUCCUACGCAGGGUGCAAAAGCACGCGCCGCUUCCAGCCCAACUACUGCGGCACCUGUGUGGAUGGCCGCUGCUGCGCGCCUCAGAGGACCCGCACGGUGAGCGCGCGCUUCAUCUGUGAGGACGGAGAGGCUUUCGACCGCAACGUGAUGAUGAUCCAGUCCUGCAAGUGCAGCUCUGAGUGCAGCCAGCUUAACGAGGCUGGUUUCCAGCCCUAUUACAGGCUGUACGGGGACAUGCACAAGUUCAGUGAGUGAGAGGGAUCCGGGCAGAUCACACAGAGAGGGAGAAGAAGGGAGAAAAUCCAACAGCACUGAAACUGGAAGGACUGUGUGUGUGUGCGUGCGUGCGUGUGAGGCUAUGUUCAAAUGGCAUUGGGGGAAACCAAAAGGUGUACGCCAAAGUGUUGUAUCUUUCCUGCACUCUUUGAGCACUCCUGAGAAGAUACAGAAUGUAUUGCGAGACUGGAUGUCUGCUGACGGGAGUUAGCGGUCGAUGUGCGACUGUCCCCUUCUUUGGGACUAAUAAUAUCUGUCGCGCGGCUUCUGGCCCGUUCUCGUGUUCAGUGGCUGUGAUUUGUGUUUGUAUGAACAGUACGGUGUGUUCUCUGGUGAUGCUGUACUUCACAGGGCUUUCUGAAUCUCCAACUCAACCUAUCCCCCCUCUGAAAGCAACGAUCCUCUACUACCAAGACUGGGAAGCAAAUGUUUAAAAAAAGAACUGAGUCUCAAGUCCUUUAAGGAAUAAAAUGGAUCCGUCCUUCUGGAAGGCAAUGGAAUGGAGCGUGAGAACGUGGUCUCAAGUUGACCUCUAGUAACUUGUAUCAACACCUGUUGUAACCCCCUGCUUCAUACUCUGAAACAAGUGCUGGGAACGCUAGAGGGAGAGCCGAGAGCCACGCAGACAACAGAGCAAUAAGCCCUGGUUCAGGCCAAAAUGGCAGCUAAUUACAAUAACAUAGCCAUCGUUACAAAGUUCUUGUAAAUGCUUUAGAGAUGCGCUCUCCCCAAAUUCUCUCCCAAACUGUUUUACACGCUGCAGUAGAACAGCAGAGGCCCUGUUAGAAUCCACGGUAAACGGUACACUCUGAAGGGGAAGCAGCAGUAGCCACAGUAACUAUUUUUUCUGCAUAUCUCUGUUUUUUCUUUAGAUUUAGAUACUAGAUUUUGCACAAAAAAGCUUCAAAACGCUGUUGUUUUGGAACUAUGAAAAAUUAGCUUCUUUUUUGGGAGCUGUUUCUUAUACAACCAUUUGUAACACAUGUUCAUAUUGAAUUCAUGUUAUAUUGUUGUUCUUUGUAUGUAUGUAUGUUUGUUCAGUAUAUCAGACUGCGCCGUGGGGAGAUGUUCGUUUCGGCUGUCAAGCACUUCUGCUUGUUUAGUCGUGUUUUUAUUUUACUUUUGUUUUGUUCCCUGUACAGUGAAUUCUGCCAUGUGCUACUAAACUAGCCUUUCUAUUUAAAAAACAAAAUGGGACUGAGACUGUAACGAGUAUAUGACACUAGUAUACUUGAAAUAGAAUGUAUUGUGUGUACAUUACUGUGUACUGGAGUUUUAUGACAUUUUACAUUUUAUAUUGGAAAUGUCAUUCAAUGGUAUGCGUUUGUACAGAACAGUGCUGUGCUUUAACAUUUUUAUGAAACAUUUAUUUAAAAAAAUAUAUACUAAAAAGCUUUGUAUACGACAGCAAGCUUUUCGUUAUUUUGGUAAUGCUUUAAAAUAACAGCUGCAAAUUCCAGGAAUUUCAUAGAGAUUCAUAGAAUUGCAUAGGAGUAGCAUCUGAAUAACACACACACACACACACAUAUAUAUAUAUAGAGAGAGAGAUAUUAUUGUUUAAGCCCUAAAGUCACUUUUAAAAGCUCCUGAAGUGGAAGAGCACAGGAACAUUGUGCACUGGUGGAGCUCACAGGGGUUUGGGGCUGUUGAAAGCAGAAGCGUUGUUUUAGAUUGCACAGUGUACAUACACUGCCAUUGUCUGGGUCCCUCUCUCUAUUCAUACAGCCAGUAGGGGGAAAGCCCUUUAGAUGUGGCUAGAUCAGGCCUUUGUACAUCAUGGGUUCUAUUUCAUGCAAACGUUCAUUCUCAACCCCACGGCUGCAUAAUUACACUACGUGUACAUCUCUGUGUAUUUUGUAUUUAUCGAAAAUGUAGCAUCUGUUUUAUUUUGGAGAUAAAUAUUAAUAAUAUUAAUAUUAAUAAUAUAGUGGAUUUUGUUUUGUUUAUUAUAUAUUGAAUGUCUAUUGUUGUUUAUUUUAAUUAUUAUUAUUGUUGUUGUUUUUUUAAUUAUUGAAUAAUAAAUUUAUUUUAUAGAUAAGGUGCUU